AUGUUUACUUUAGGUGUAUGUGGAAAGUGUGGUAUGAAAGUUUUAGGAGAAGUUAAUGGUUGCUCUGCCAUGGAUCAAAUAUUUCAUCUUGGAUGUUUUACUUGUAGUAAUUGUGGAUGUGGUCUACAUGGUAAAUCAUUCUUUCAAAUGGAGAACAAACCGUAUUGUGAAUCUUGUUAUGUGAAUACUUUAGAGAAAUGUUCUGUUUGUUCUAAAGCUAUCACAGAUAGGUUAUUACGAGCUACAGGUAGACCCUACCAUCCAGCCUGUUUUACUUGUGUUGUAUGUGGUAAAAGUUUAGAUGGUAUUCCAUUUACAGUAGAUGCUACCAACCAAAUACAUUGUAUUGAAGACUUCCAUAAUAAAUUUGCACCACGAUGCUGUGCCUGUAACAAACCUAUAAUGCCUGAACAAGGUCAAGAUGAAACUGUGAGAAUUGUUGCUAUGGAUAAAAGUUUUCAUGUCAAUUGUUAUAGAUGUGAGGAUUGUGGUCUACAGUUGUCAUCAGAAGCUGAAGGAAGAGGUUGUUAUCCAUUAGAUGAUCAUAUAUUAUGUAAAAAUUGUAACGCGUUGAGAAUACAAGCUAUGAGUACCAAGAUGGCUACAGAACUUUAA